AUGGAGGCAGUGAGAAGGUCGAGAGCAGAUUGGAGGUAUCCCACCUCUCUGCUAUGCAUCUAUGGAUUCUUCAGCACAGUCAAACCUCUGGAGCCGUUCCUCAUCCCAUACCUGACCGGACCAGACAAGAAUCUAACAAUAGAAGAGGUAAACAAUCAGAUUUUCCCAGUGUGGACAUAUUCGUACCUGUCCGUGCUGGUGCCGGUGUUCGUGCUGACUGACUGGCUCCGUUACAAGCCUGUGGUGGUGUUCCAGUGUUCCAACCUUUUCGUUACCACAGCUAUGUUACUCUGGACUCAAAGUGUGCCAGCUAUGCAGGCCAUGCAGUUCUUCUACGGGGUGGUGACAGCCAGUGAGGUGGCCUAUUUCUCCUACAUCUACAGUGUCAUUGAUGUGAAGAGGUAUCGGAGGGCCACAUCUUACUGCCGUAGCAUCCAACUCUUCGGGCACACAGUGGGCUCUGUGCUGGGCCAGCUUUUGGUCAGCUUUAACCUCAUGUCCUACAACAACAUGCUGGUAUUUACUCUGGUUCUGACUACCAUCGCUCUCCUCACAUCCUUCUUCCUGCCAAUGCCACAACGGAGCAUGUUCUUCCACCGCAAAGACAUGGGUCAUAAAACUGUAGCAGAAGGAACAAAAAAUGAUGUGGAUAGGACUGUAGGUUCAACCAGAGCAAAAUUCUCUGUAGAAUUCAAUUCUGCAGGGACACUGGAAGAAAAGGGACCUAAGGCUGAGGAAACCAAGGAAUAUGAUGGUGCAGACAGCUGUGGCAAAGUCCUCCUUCACAUAUGGAAGGAUUUUUACCAGUGUUAUUCCUCCAGAUAUCUGCUCUACUGGUCGGUGUGGUGGGCACUGGCCACCUGCGGCUACAACCAGACUGUCAACUAUGUGCAGGUGCUAUGGGAGCAUGUGCAGCCUUCUCAGAACUUCAGCAUCUACAAUGGAGGGGUGGAGGCAGUAUCUAAUCUUUUGAGUGCAGCAACAGCGUAUGGUAUAGGCUUCACCGAAGUGAGAUGGGAACAGUGGGGAGAGCUGGCCCUGGGUGGUUUUUCUGGACUCGGGGCAGCAGCGCUCUUCCUCAUGACCUUCGUAAGAAACAUCUGGGUGUGCUACACUUGUUAUGUCAUCUUCAAGUGUCUGUACAUGCUCCUGAUUACAAUAGCCAUGUACCAGGUUGCAGCUGACCUCUCAAUGGAAAGAUAUGCCCUGGUAUUUGGAGCAAACAACUUUGGAGCCUUGUGUCUACAGACAGUUAUCACAUCUGUUGUUGUUGACAGUGAAGGACUGGGUCUAUCCAUAAUACCUCAGUUUACAGUAUAUGCCAGCUACUUCUCAGUCAUCGCUAUUAUUUUUUCCGUUCGAGGAGUGUUUAUAAUUUGGAAAACAAAAGAAAACAAAGGGAUCCCUCCUGACAAAAGUGAAUCUCCAGACUUUGAAGAACACAGAUUCUGAAUAUGAAGAAAUCGACGCCGUCAGCUGAAAGCAUUAGUUGUACUUUUAUCCCCACUGGGUGAAAAUGGGAACAUGGCAGU